CUCUCCUGCAACGUGCAACCACCAAGACGCCAUCCACGAGCAACAAAGAAGCGCGAGAAAUGGGCAACAUCAGCUUAUUCACCCAUGAUAACACUCUCACAGUUUUCCUGUAGCCUAACUUUGUGAAUGCACCCAAUUUUUUGAUAGCACGGCCGCUGCUCCGCCCAGGCCACGAUGGAUUCUCGCAAGGACGAGGAGGCCACCAUUAAGGUCGCCUCAAUUAAGAAAUCCGUUACUCCCUCGAGACCCCAGGCAUUCGGCAAGAUCAAACUUAAGAAAGCACCGCCAAAACAGGCCAAGCCUGGCAAUUGGAAAGAGGCCAAUGUCAUUGAAGAGGACAAGAAGAAAUCAAAAGACAAUGCGAUUACUGCCGCCUCGCCCAGCCCCGUCACCAUCCAGCUCGACGAUGCCUCUCGCGAGAACUUCCAGACCGGCCGCCCGCUCGAAGACACACUUGACAUGUUCCAAUGCAAGCACUGCAAAAAGGUCAUUACCCGAUCUGCGGGGGGAGAACACGUCGCCCGGUGCUUGAAAAUCAAGAAAGAGAAGGCUCAGCGGAAGAAAGAGGCCCGUGAGGCGCGCGAACGGUUGAAGGAGGCCGCCAGGGAAGAGGAGGCGCGCAAGGCGGAGGGUGACGGUGGCGGUCGGGGCGACGACGAUAGCGAUGACGAUGACGAUACCAAAGACGGAAAUGCUGGCAAGACAACCGGCAAGGCGAAGAAGACGAACGUCGCUGGCAAGAAGAGGAAAGCCGAGGGCGAGCUCGACAAGGGCAAGGCUAAGAAAAAGAAGGACGAGCCUAAGCCGAAGGCCGCGAAACCAAAGGGCCCCGUCGAUGUGGAGAGGCAGUGCGGUGUACUGCUGCCGAACGGUCAGCCCUGUGCUCGGUCUCUGACCUGUAAGAGCCACAGCAUGAGCGCGAAGCGAGCAGUGCCUGGCCGGUCCCUACCAUACGACAUGCUUUUAGCUGCGUAUCAGAAGAAGAACCAGGCCAAGCAGCAGAAGGCCGCCAUCGACGCCAACGCGCCCUUGGAGGACGAAGACGAAGCCAACCAGGCAGCAGUCGAUAGCGAUGAGGAGACGGCUGCCGUGAUGGGUGCAUUGGCUAACUGGAACCCGCAACCGGUCGUUCCACAGCCCGUGUUUGCGCCGACCAAGCGCCAGUACCAACUCGCUCGCCUCCACGAACAGCUCCAGACGGCAACUAACGGUGGCCGCGUCAACAUUUUCAAGGUCGUCGGCUACGGAGCCCAGCGGCUUCCCGAGGGGCAUCCGGGUCUGCUCGACCACGAGGACGCGCCGGGUGAACCGGACCCGGCCGCGAUGGGCGGGGACUUCUCGCGCCGAUCGUCCAGCUUCAGCCUUGGUGGGCCACCACAACGGCAGCCGUCGGUCACAGGUCGAGCGUAGGGUGCUCGAUCUUUCAGCGUACCGACGGCUGCUCUGUACGGGUGGCCGUAUCCAGCUGUCAGCUUUGGAGGUGCCGGCGUGGUUCCUCGCCACAACUCCCUCCCUAACCUCGAGACCAAGCAGGCUCUG